AUGACAGAAAAUCAAACAUGGGUCACAGAAUUUGUUCUCCUGGGAUUCCCGCUCAGCCCAGUGAGGCAAGUGCUCCUCUUUGGGCUCUUCUCCCUGUUCUACGCCUUCACCCUGCUGGGGAACAGCACCAUCCUGGUGCUCAUCUGGCUGGACUCCAGACUGCACACCCCCAUGUACUUCUUCCUCUCCCACCUGGCCGUUGUUGACAUAGCCUAUGCUUCAAAUAAUGUCCCAAAGAUGCUGGCCAACCUUCUGAACAAGGAAAAAACUAUCUCCUUGGUCCCAUGCAUAAUGCAGACCUUUUUGUACAUGGCUUUUGCUCACACCGAGUGUCUCAUCUUAGUAAUGAUGUCUUAUGAUCGGUAUGUGGCGAUUUGCCACCCCCUGCGUUACACUGUCAUCAUGAACUGGACAGCGUGCACUGUUCAGGCUGUCACUUCCUGGGCAUGUGGCUCCCUGCUGGCCCUGGUCCAUGUGGUUCUCAUCCUGAGGCUGCCCUUCUGUGGGCCUCAUGAAAUCAACCACUUCUUCUGCGAGAUCCUGUCUGUCCUCAAGCUGGCCUGCGCUGACACCUGGCUCAACCAAGUUGUCAUCUUUGCUGCUUCUGUGUUUAUCUUAGUCGGGCCCCUCUGCUUGGUGCUGGUGUCCUACUCGCGCAUCCUGUUUGCCAUCCUGAGGAUCGAGUCCGGGGAGGGCCGCAGGAAGGCCUUCUCCAUCUGCUCCUCCCACCUGUGCGUGGUGGGGCUCUACUUUGGCAGUGCCAUCGUCAUGUACAUGGCCCCCAAGUCCCGCCACCCUGAGGAGCAGCAGAAGAUCCUUUCCUUGUUUUACAGCCUGUUCAACCCUAUGCUGAACCCGCUCAUCUACAGCCUGAGAAACACCGAUGUCAAGGGUGCCCUGAAGAGAGUGCUGUGGAAGGAAAGAUCAAUGUGA